CAAGAAGCUGUGAGGGGCAGGCAGCAGCUCAUCCAUCCACCAGUCUGCCUAUCAAGUUUGAACAGUUCACCUGUUGUCUAAUUUUGACUUCUAAGUAUGAGUACUCGUGUUCGGCCGAGUAGUAAACGGUGUGCAGUCAUAGGGGGCUCAGGUUUCCUCGGUAGACACUUAGUGGAGAAACUGUUGGAUCGGGGCUAUUCUGUGUCCGUCUUUGACAUCCGCCAAAACUACGAGCUGCCUGGUCUGACCUUCUACCAGGGAGACCUCUGCGACAAACAAGCUCUGCUGCCAGCAUUGAAGGAUGUGUCCCUGGUCUUCCACUGUGCCUCUCCAGCCCCUGCCAGUGAUGACCGUGCUCUCUUCCAGAGGGUCAACAUCCAGGGCACCCAGUCUGUGAUCCAGGCCUGCAAAGAGGCUGGAGUACAUAAACUGGUUCUGACAAGCAGUGCCAGUGUGGUGUUUGAGGGAAAAGACGUUAAGAAUGGGAAAGAGGACCUACCAUACGCUAUGAAACCUAUUGACUACUACACGGAAACCAAGAUCGAACAAGAGAAGUUGGUCUUAGGGGCAUGUGACAUGCAGAAGGGUUUCCUCACAGUCGCCAUCCGGCCUCAUGGUAUCUUUGGUCCCCGGGACCCACAACUGGUACCUAUCCUAGUGGACACAGCUCGCAGGGGGAAAAUGAAGUUCAUCAUUGGGGAUGGGACCAAUCUGGUGGAUUUCACCUUCGUAGAGAAUGUAGUUCAUGGACAUAUUCUGGCUGCUGAACACCUGAAGCCAGACUCACCUGUAUGUGGCAAGGCAUACCACAUCACCAAUGAUGAGCCGAUUCGUUUCUGGGACUUCAUGUCUGAAGUGCUGGUGGGUUUGGGAUAUGCAGCACCUCGCUACCACCUACCCUACACACUGGUGUAUGUACUGGCCAUGCUGCUCUGGCUGCUGGCCCUGAUCCUGCGCCCUAUAAUGCCUUUCAAACCAACAUUUACUCCUAUGAGGGUGGCCCUGGCCGGCACCCACCACUACUACAGCUGUGACCGUGCCAAGCAGGACAUGGGUUAUAAACCAGUAGUCAGUCUGAGGGAGGGCAUAGCACGUACAGUGAUGAGCUACCCUCAUCUCAAGCAAGGAGCUUGAGGGCAAUGAAGACUGUCUCAAAAUGUGACGAUACAAGCACUAUCAUGCACUGGCUCAGAACUGGGAUAUAGUGGAAUACAGAUCGAUUUUCAUUAUACAAGUCAGAGUGAAGCAAUUGGCGGGUUGCAUUUAUUUAAUAAUAGCUUUUUGGAUCCCUGAAUAUGAAUCGCCUCAGUGCUUUGCCUCUUCCAUGGCUGCACCAGUCUCACCAGCAGAUGGCAGCAGACAUUCAUGUUCGCAAGAUCGCCCUUUCAUGAGUGUGUACCAAAUGGCAAAAAUAGUUUGUUAAUGCAAUGACCUGUUAAUACACUGUGACAACAGUUACCGUUUACAGAUGUCUUUUUUCCCCCCUGUGCUGAUACAUGUUAGUGUUGUGGUUUGCAUUCAGAUUUUGCAGUAAAUUUCAAAAGGCUUUAAUUACCUUCCUUUGAAAGUCCUUGCCUCACUGCUUCAAUGAGAACAGUUUAAGAAGAGGGGGGGGGGGUUCCACUCUGUUCACAAGCACCACACAUCCUUAACAAUUAGUAGUCAAUUCAUCAUUGUCACUUCUCUACCCCUAGACUGUGUCACAAACAGCAUCAGAAUGAUGUGUUUUGUUUUUUUUUCUCCGUUUUUUUUUCCGAGAAUGGUAAACUAUGUCACACUGCAGCCUAAUGAACGCCAGAGGAUACAAUGACGGGAUGGGCAAUUAAAAUGCAUACUAAGCUGCAGUCCUGGAUAAUCCGCAUUCCAUAUGUCACUCUUGUCACUUAUAAUCCCAUAAAUAUAUCCAAUAUAAUCCUUUCCUUUCAUUCUACAAAUAAUUAAGUCAUAUCUAUCCAGUGGUGGUGUGUUAAGCAUGCCAGUUUCAAAGUCUGCAUGUCAAACUUUGACAAUCGGUAGCUGCUACUGCCAUUUUGCAGCUAAUGUAUAUGCUUGUCGAUGUGUGUCUCGGUUUGGUGACGUGAAGGUGGGGGUUAGGUUCAGAGUCUGUGCAUUCCACCGUAAUGCUGAGCCAGUGGCACCCUAAUGACUCACCGGUAACGUCUGAACCAUGUGGCAAAGCUGUCUGACUGGUUCCUUGCUCAGAAAGAGAGAAUGAGAGAGGGUUGAGUGUAGAUAGACAAUGCUUUUUGCAGGUUAUACUUGCCAUUGUGUGGCCAGAUGUAAACUUGUGUGAGAAAAUUAGUAUCUUUGACUCAUUGCUCAGAGGUGUGUACGUGACAGUAAAUAUUCGGGGCGUGUUGCGACAUCACCCACACCCCUUUUUGAUAUGAAAAGGCUCUGUAAAUAUGUGCAUAGCAUGUGUCAGGCAUGUGUCUAUGUUCCCUCGGCCCUAUUUCAUUAACUUAUCUUAACUUGACUCAACUUCAGCCUCUACCUAACCCUAACCUUAACCCAACACUUAUCUUAACUGAUAGCAAGCCAAUUAGAUAGCUGACACACAGGGCUGACCCCAUAUGUGUCCGACUGUCUCAUGAGAAAUGAGGGUAGGCCAAUCUCUAUACUCUUCUUCUUCUUCUUUUGGCUUGUUCCCUGUUUCCCAAGGGGUCAGUCACCACAGCAGAUUUGAUAGUUUCCAUAGUUUGAUAAGUUUCUGUCGGUACCCUGUAAGGGCACAGCACCGAUGGCGGUCUUCUCAAACCGCAUAAUGAUUUGGCAAAAUUUUACGUCAGAUACCCAACCACUAUCCCUAUGGACUCUAUACUAUGAAAUCAAAUAUAAUAUGGAGUUGCCAAUCAAUCAAAAAGUGCAGUGUGCUGCUGUUUACGGCUGCCUUUCUAAAAAAAAAAACCCGAGCUGGAGGACACAUGCAGGUGUGCAGAUGAUAAUUUUUUGUCAGACUUUAGGCCUUUCUGUCACAUUUGACUGAGCUAACACAUCGUACUGCUUACAUCUGCUUUUACACCCAUAGGUUUGAAUUUUCAAAGGUACACCUGACAGGUUAUAAAGGUAGUCACAGGCUUUUAUAAUCUGAGAUAAACAUGGUCAUUGUGACCCUGAUGUAUUUUAAUGACUUGCUGUAUAAUGAUGGUGGUAGACAUAGUUUAUCCCUGGGACUUAAAAUAAACACCGUGAUACUGAACUCACUGAUGUGUGGUGGAACAGUAUUAUUUGCU